CUUGACACACCCAUAGCUAGGCUAUUGUUGGUACAGUAGGCGCGCGACAACCUUGACAUUCCCACACGCGCGUUCAGUUGCACGAUGAAAUCUUGGUCUACGUGGAUGCAUCAUCCUUUUCAGGAAAAAGGAAAGUAAGACCAGCGGCUACUGCGGAUAAAGGAAGAUGCACCAACGCCGAACGAAGUGCAGGUAAACACACACGCACGGCCACCGCGCAUCCCCAUUCACUCAGAUGCCCACGGUACCGCACGCGCAGCAGACACACUCCGCUCAUUCACCUGUAAUGACAGAUCGCUGCUCAAAGCGGCGCAUUAUCCCGGAAUAAGGCAAGGAAAGUACGCUUCAUGUGAGAGAUGACUGAGUGAGUUGCGCGGAUGUUGGAGACAUGGAGAAACGGGCUCUUGUAACGGCGAUCAGCUUGUCCAUGAGCCUGCUCGCGCUCAUGCUGCUGGUCACGGCGAUCUUUACCGACCACUGGUACGAAACCGACACCAGGAGACACAAGGAGAACUGCGACCAGUACGGCUCGGAGUCCAACGACCAGAAGAACAGGGAGAUGCCCAUCUAUCACCUGCCUUUGGUGGACAGUGGGAAUGCGAAGCGCAACCUGGCUCCCAUGAAGCCCAUCCAUGUAGGGAGCCGAGAGGAGGAACUGUUGGAGAACUGGAGGGCGAUUUUGGGCAUGGGCAUUUUGGAGACGGAGUGCGGGCGCCCGCUCUUCUCCACCUACUUUGGACUUUGGAGGAAAUGCUACUUCCAGGGAAUGGACGGGGAUAUUGACAAACUCAUUUUUAAGGGUAUUGCAGAACGAUGCACAUCUGUCAAGUACCAUUUCUCCCAACCCAUUAGACUCAGGAACAUUCCUCUCAACCUGACAAGGACCAUACAGCAGGACGAGUGGCACCUCUUACAUCUGCGGCGCAUCACGGCAGGGUUCUUGGGCAUGGCUGCUGCCGUAAUGCUGUGUGGAAGCAUUGUGGCCGCCGUGGGAUUUUUCUGGGAGGAAAGCCUCACCCAGCAUGUGUCUGGACUCCUGUUCCUCAUGGCAGGAAUCUUUUGCACAAUCUCACUGUGCACCUACGCAGCCAGUGUCUCAUACGACCUAUCCAGGAACCCUCCUUUCAUCUACGGUCUGCCCGCUGACGUAGACCACGGGUACGGAUGGUCCAUCUUCUGUGCAUGGGUCAGUCUGGGCCUAACAGUGGCAUCAGGCUGUAUCUGCACAACUUAUCCCUUCUUGAGCCGCACAAAGGCUCUUCGCUCCAAAACGGCAAGGGAGUCAUCAGUAUGAGCGCCCCCUGUGGCCUGGAGGACUCAGCAAAACAUUAAUCAGCACUUGGCGCUUUAGGAAAACAGAUUCAAGUGGGACUUCAUGUUGUAUGGAGCAGUUUUGAAUGUCUUGUAGAUUUCUGAUCCCUGAUGUGUUGAUGUUAUACAGAGUGAAAGACAAGACUGUUGGAUUUCCUGUGUGUCUUCUAUACACAUUUGCUUACAAAUCUCACACACAUAAAAAAAAGAAGAAAAAUACACACAGAUAUACAGUAUGUGUGAAUAUAAUGAAGAAAAACCUUUGAUUUGAAACGAGUAUGUGUAUGUUUUUGGGUUGUUGUGAUGCAGUCGUUCUCUGGAUCAGGUGACACUUAGGAUCUGAGCCACAAUUUUUUUAUGCAAACCAUCUGAAAUUCAAAUGAUUGCUCUGAUCAUGGUCAGUAUUAUUUUUUUAUUAUGCGAUUAAAGCAUAUGUUUUGGUUUCCCAACCACGUGCAAAUGGAUACAAGUCGACUAAUCAUUGGCUCUAAAUAAAAAAAACAGCUAAAAAAUGUAAUCAGGGAUGAACAGGACGCUUCAUGUCACCACAUCAGACAAAUGUAUAAAGGCAUGAUUGCAUAUAGCCUAUAUCACCUCUGGGUAACAGCUGGUGGCUGAUAUUCAAAAAGAUUGAAAAAUCAAAGAGACGUGAGAAGUCUUGAGAUCUAAGAUGUGGAUAUGCAAUUUCGUGAUUGGAUGAAAUGUCUCUGAACUUGAACGCAAUCGUAAUAUGGCAGCAUGCUUAAAGUGGAUGCUCUCGAAUACCAGCCUCGCUCAUGAAAGGCCUCUCAUGACGUCACAUCAUUGCUGAAAAUACAGAUCCUUCAGUCCUACGAAGCAACGCUAAUAUGAAGCGACGAGGAGUUAAUUAACUGCAGGAUGUUGUUUUCCAAACUGAGCCAGAAACAGUAACAUAUCCCUGAAACUGUACUGUUUGCCUCAAAACUUCUACUGUGUUUCUGAAAGUGUAUCGUAAAUAAAAUAUUAUAAUGAUGAAAUAAAGGUCUAUGAAGAAACUGAA